AUGCCCUCGGCCUACAACUCGAAUGACCCACUCCUUCCCUUCCAACUACCCCGCUCGGAUCCCAUAUUCGGUCCUUCCUCUCAUCUCCCCCAGCGAACGGUUCACUUUGGUCCCUCCCCUACCGACUCGCAAACAGGCGCGUCGGCCGGAUCUGUCACCUCGGACAAGCGGAAAAACAAGGAGUCUCCUCAGAACCGGCUCGCUGUGGCCUCGCUCGCGGGUCAGGGCUACAGCGCACCGUUCCAGGCGUUGACGUACCAUCCGGGGGUGUGGGAGAACCGGGAACAGUCUCGACGGAGCAGUCCACAGCCCGGCGCAGCAAGUAGGGAUGAAGGCUGGCCCGCAUUCGAGGCAAAGGCGGGGCCGAGGGAUGAUCCCGUGACGCUAGAACUGGUGGAUAUGGCGCAAGCAGAAACGCUUUUUGACUUCUUUUUUGCGAAAUGCCAUCCCUUCCUCCCCAUCGUCACAUCGGCAGAUGCUAGCCCUUUCAAUGAUAUACGCCGACGCUGCGGUUUCCUCUUCACCACUAUCAUCGCCAUCGGCUCCCGAUUCUACCUUAAACACUGCGCUCGGCAUGGCGUCUUACCUACCAUCGCUCCUGCUACCCCCGCGGCGAUCGCUCGACUGGCAUACUCGCACCUUGCCGCUAGUCUUUUCCGGAAACAGCACCAAUUAGCGGAUGUGCAGGCGACCCUCCUGCUCGCGGGCUGGGGCUUACAAUCGGGAGGAGGCGGUCCAGAUCCGUGGCUGGUCACUGGGCAUUGUGCGCGGCUGGCGCAGAGGUUGGGUCUGCACCGACCAGGUCCAUUGCCCACCACGCCGGAGCAAGCGGAAAAGCAGCUCCUUCAGUCAAGAACCUGGCUCGCGUGGUAUCACUUCGACGGCUUUCUCAGCUUGGGCUUUGGUCGUCCUCAGUCUCAAGGCUUCGCGGGCAUCGACGAGCAGGCGUUCUUGCAGCUCGGCGCAAGCAGUGCGAGUGGAAGCGAGAUGCGCAUGGACCUGUAUAUCGCCAGUAUGGUCCAGCUGACCAAGAUCGGAGGCGAUCUGAUCAGCUGGAUUCAGCUCUUGACAGACUGGCAAGCGGAUAUCUCCCGGGCGCCGCUCACGCAGGACGGACAGGACUAUUCGGUCGGAGCGAUGUUGGGAGAGCUCAACAAGCGGCUAGAUGAGUGGACGACGCGCUGGACAUGGAACGGCUCCCUUUCUGCGAUCCACCUCGGGACAAGCGGUCGUCUUGCCAAACUCCAGAGCGAGCACAUCCGACUGUGUCUCAACUCGCUCGCCCUCAAGCCCGGAUUGGUCAAGAAUGACGGCUCCCCCGAGUCGGCCCUCAUGGCGUCGUACAUCCAGAAGGCGACCGAGGCGGCGAUCAAUACUGUUCAGGCUCAUGCGGACGCGGUCAAGGAGGACAUGUACCUGAGCUAUUCGUUUGACUACAUCACCAUCGCCCUGGGUCAAGCGGCAGUCUUUCUCAUUCGGCUGCACUCGACCACAUGCGACAUCCCGGUGGACCGAGCGGUCAUUGCCUACUACCUCCGGACCGCUAUUGAGCUCCUCGAGGACACGGAACUGUCAGAGACCAAGAACUCGACGUAUGUGGGACGGAUCUGCCGAGACCUAAGCGGGGUAGCAGGGAUUGCCAUACCUCCUCGGGCCAGCGAAGAGUAG